AUGCCGAAUCGCACACCGGGACCUCCCAGAAGAUUCCGAUUCCGAUUCCGAUUCCGCGCAUUCUACAUCACCGUACUCGUGGUCUCUCUGUUUGCCGUCCUAAGUCUCGUCGCCGACCAGUCUGCUAGAUAUCGUCAUGGUGCGCAAUACGGGGUAGCACAACGGAGAGCGUUGGCUGAGUUGGACGUUCACAGACUCGUAAGGAGGGAUGAGGAGUGUCGUCUGGUCCACCAUGCGCAAGAUAAAUGCGCCUUCAUCAAAGCGAAUUGCCCAGAUGAAGAAGCGGGCCUCUUCUCGUACCUGUCUCUAUACUAUUGCGACCUCCAAAAUGCUCAGCCAAUCGCCUUCGCAAUACUGUCGCUAUGGCUUGCACUUCUAUUCACAACGAUCGGCAUCGCUGCCUCGGACUUUUUCUGCAUAAAUCUGAGCACCAUCGCAUCCAUACUGGGAAUGAGCGAGAGCAUGGCGGGAGUUACCUUUCUGGCGUUCGGCAACGGAAGCCCCGACGUCUUUUCAACCUUUGCAGCGAUGAGCUCCCACAGUGGAAGUCUGGCUGUCGGAGAGUUGAUAGGAGCCGCAGGAUUCAUCACUGCUGUCGUAGCAGGCUCAAUGGCAUUGGUGCGGGAGUUCAAGGUCGGGAAGAAGACUUUCGUUAGAGACGUCGGGUUCUUUAUCGUUGCAGCCAGCUUCAGUAUGCUGUUCCUAGCCGAUGGUGCUCUACAUUUAUGGGAAUGCUGCGUCAUGGUUGCGUUCUACGUUUUCUACGUGGUAGUGGUUGUGGUAUGGCAUUGGUACCUCACACGGCGCCGGCAAAACCGCGAGCGCGAAGCAGCCGCUCGUGGUCAGUAUCUUGCAAUGGCGAAUGAGGAGAUAGAGGUCACCGAAGAAGCUGACCAUGACGAGGAAGCUCCGACAGGAACAGGAGGGAGGCGAUAUAGAGAUGUCGAAGACUUUGCAGCAUUGGAAGAUGGCGGAAGAAGUCCGCUGUUGGGACCACAAGAUGACAGUGACGAAGACGGGGAGGGAGGGAUGCAGCUAGCGGCCGAGAUGGCGAGUAGUAUGCGAGUCACAAGACCGUCUGGGAGCCGCAGGAACACCAUCACUCCGAUCCGCCCAAGUCUAGUAGGUGCCCUGGAGUUUAGGUCAGUCCUCUCCUCGCUGCAAAAAACUCGAGGAUCACGUGGUAGGCCUAUCCAUCUUCGUCGGUAUUCUGAUGAUCCGACGGCGGGCUUCCUAGCGCAAGUAGGCAGCUCGGCCUCAGGAGGGAGUGGGGUACGGUCAGAGCGAUAUAGCGACAACUCAUCAGAUGCCGGUAUCACGUCAGUAAAUGUCAGUAAUGCAUCUUCAGGGCUCAAGUCGCUCCCUGUCAGGACAAGGGCUGUCUCCAUGAACGAUGCAGCUAGAACCAAAUCAACAGACCCUGCUGCUUUCAGUGUGGCAUCCAUCCCAAACAUUGGCGUCGUUGCUGCAACUCCAACCUUCCCAACACAUCUUCAGGUGCCGGAGCCAGAACCGGCCCGAAGUUCAACGACAUCAUCGGGACGGCCUCCAGCGUCGCCCACGUUCUCUGUAUCCCCUCCGCCAUCUGUUAGAGAUCCCAGUCCGGCUCCUUCAAAUGAACGUUCCAGGCGUGAUACGCUUGCACCACCGGACGAGGGGUUUCCAGGCGCAAAACAUCUUCGGCUAGACUACUCUAAAGACCAGGAGACACUUGGGGACUCUUCUCAUGAAACACCAAAUAUGAGAUCUAGAUCUGUUGAAAGGCCGCGACUCCAGAUCCCGGGAAGCUCAUCUAGGGAAAGCUCUUAUACCCGAACAUUAUCACCCAUCAUUCAGUUCCCAGCCUUCACGGACUCGCCUGCACCGAUGUCAGCUAUGAGCUCAAUGGCUCCAAGUAUCAUUCUACCAGAACCAGAAAUGGGCCCUGAUUCAGUCUACGGUAGUCACGACCUGGAUUACCAGGAAAAGCCAAUCUGGUGGUGGCCAUACCGAUAUCUCCCUAGUCCGUAUACCAUGGGCUCCAUCCUCUUUCCCACACUGUGUACAUGGCGAGAGAAGUCGAUCUGGGACAAGUUCGUGGGUGUGAUAUCAGCACCUAGCAUCUUUCUUCUGGCGAUCACUCUUCCAGUUGUCGAGUCCGAAUCUGAGGACGACGAAGAGGAACAGGUUGUGCCUGGCGUAGGGACCCCAUCCGUGCGGACGAUGUCUAGAUCGCAUAGUAAUUCCAUCUCUCUCUUAACAACAAACAGCCAAUCACCGGAGAACGAACCAGAAUGGAUACGUUAUCGACGGGCGACGGAGUCACAUCACUCGCGAUCUCGAGGAUACAGUGGGCACAACACAGCAGCCGUAGCUGUCUCUGCAGAGAAUCAUCACCAUCAGUCCCACUUACACCCUCAGCACAAGUCGGUUUCCCGGGAAGGCAAUCCAUCAAACAGCCCAACUGCAGUGCCAACCGAGGACUGGAAUCGCUGGCUCGUAGCAGUCCAAAUUUUCACUGCUCCAUUAUUUGUGGUCAUCAUUGUCUGGGCCAACAGUGCCGAGGGAAAUUCACGACUUUUAUUCCGGCUAGUCGUGUACUCUCUCCUGGGCUCCCUCGUCGCCUUCGGGAUCCUAGUGCUUACCACUUCGCCAAGUAAACCUCCAAAAUACCGUUUCAUUCUCUGUUUCCUCGGCUUCGUCGUCGCCAUCGCCUGGAUCUCCACCAUCGCCAACGAAGUCGUUGGCGCUCUCAAAGCCAUCGGUGUCAUUCUUGGAAUUUCAGACGCCAUUCUUGGACUCACCAUUUUCGCCGUCGGCAAUUCUCUCGGCGAUUUAGUGGCCGAUAUCACAGUCGCUCGUCUUGGAUACCCAGUCAUGGCUCUCUCAGCUUGUUUCGGUGGUCCCAUGCUCAAUAUCCUGCUCGGCAUUGGCCUCAGUGGGAUGUAUAUGACCAUCAAAGGUGCGAACCACAAGCACGCCAAGCACCCGAACAAGAAAAUCAAUUACAAGCCGUAUCAAAUUGAAGUCAGCAGCACGUUGAUGAUCAGCGCUGCCACCCUGCUGAUCACGCUUGUCGGGCUGUUGAUUGCUGUUCCGCUUAACAAAUGGGUCAUGAGCAGGAAGAUCGGGUGGGGGCUGAUAAUGCUCUGGGGCGUGUCGACGAUGCUUAACCUGGUGGUUGAGGUCAGUGGUGUUUUUGACACGAAGUAG